UGCGCGUGCUGGCUGGAUAGAGGAACGCACAUCGAUCAAAACAGCAACAUGGACAAGUCGUGGGUAUCCAAGAGAAGUUCCGCAGCCACCACACUCCUGGCCCUGAUGCUGAUCGUCUGUCUGGUCGAGAGCGCUACAGAGCAAAGAAUUAACAGUAGAGGCAGCAAGUCCUCUAACCUUAUCGAGAAGGUCAACGGUUGGCGCAGCCAGCGCGGAGGUUCGUGCUUAAGUUACGGGCAUUCGUGCUGGGGAGCCCACGGCAAGAGGUCCGGGCGGCCGCCGGUCACCGCGCCCGACUGGUAUCUCACCACCAUGCUCCGACGCAUGGCCUCAAACGCUGAAAUGAACCGCGUUCGUCAGGCCUCAAACAACAACGAAGACCUUAACGCCAUCUUCCAGGUGGAGGUGCCAAACGACACGUCAAACGAAAAAGUCACAUCUGAUAACGAAGAAAUGCCAAUGGAGACAGGCCCCAAGACCCUAGAAGCUAAACCGAUGCUGGACGACGACCUACUUUCCAAGAUCAAACUGUGGCAAAUCAUGAGAGAGGCAUCAGAAGAUAAGUAAUCCCUCGUAGUUAUCUAAAUAAAAUCGACUGACGUUAAGUUCACCUCAUUUCUUCCUAAUUUAUAUUUGAAAUGUUUCCUUUAAUUAUUAUUUAUAAUACUCUAAUUUAUACCAUAUACCUGUAAUUAACUAUGUCAAUUGUAAGGCUGGGUUGCAAUUGGCAAUUAGAUGUAAAGUAUAUAAAAAUAGGGUAAAAUGUGCCACUUCUAUGUAUAAUAUCAUUUUCUUCUAUUCCUCUUAGCCUAUUACCGUUAUUCUAAGUAAAUUCUGUAACUUAUAACUUCAGUUUUUUUACAAAUACCUACAAUAUUUAUUUUGUCAUA